AUGUCAAAAGAAUCUAUUCCACAACAUAAUGCACAUGUUCUUGAAGAAGAACGAAAAGGUAUUGCCGAUAGUCUUGCUGAACAAGAUACAAUUCGUCGUUGUGAUGCUGAAUCAUCAGCAGCUGAACUUAAACAUGAAGAAGAAGUUCAAGCAAAACGACUUGAAUAUUUACAUGAACAAGGCAAACAUGAUGCAAAAGAUUUAAAACAUGAUGCUGAACACAAUGCAAAAAAUCUUAAAGAUGCAGCAAAAGCUAAUGCAGAAAGAUUAAAAUUAUAA